AUGGCCGGCCUUUUUCAGUUGGGCGACAUCAUCCAGAUCAGUAGGGCUGCUUGGGAACUGUACAAGUUCGGCUGGGAUGACAAUCUGAACGCCGCGACCCAAUUCGGACGAUUCGGUCAGGAUGUGAAAGGGCUCGCUGAGAGCCUCGAUGGCCUCCGUCGCAUGAUAACCAGUGCUUACGAACAGGUGCGUGGUAGCCUAGGCUCUCACCGGGCUCCGCGCUGGAACUUCGCCUCGUUGAACGAGAUCAUCGGCGACUACCAACGCACCAUUCAUGAAUGUCGAAGGCUCGUCGAGUCGAACCGUCAGUAUGGACAAGCGGUCGGUCCAUGGCGUAAUAUCGAGUGGAACAUCUUGAUCCAACCCCAGGCGGCGGCGCUCCAGCAGCGAAUUCUGCACCACAAUUCCAAGAUCCUCAUCAUUAUUAAGCCCCUGGAGAUUGACCUGCUGAGUCAAAUCAUCUCCAGGCUGGACGACGUCCAUGGUCAGGUCCAACGAGUCAUCGGCAUCCUGACUUCAGACAUUCCGCAAGCUGUUCGGCAACAGGAGCAGCAACUCUCCCACACGCUCGACUGUCCUCCAGACAUUGCGGCCAGAUUCCAAAGCGCCGCUGGAUUGGGACCCGCCACUCAACGGAGCGAUCCGAGUCGACCCCUGUCAGACCUCACCGAAGCAUUUCUUCUGCACCUCAGACAGUCGACCAUCAACUUUCUACCAGAGGCGACGUUGGAAGCUCGAAUCGCCCCGGGAAAAGAAUACAUCAAUCUCUUGAAAUGUGUUUGGCUCAUGGCCCAGAUUGAACAACAUCCGGAUCUCCUUUCAGCAAACGACGAUUCACAUUGGCCCUCGUACGUCAAGGGAUUGAAAGCUGAACUCUCCCGAGAGUGCUGGAGGUUCGAUGCGAGGAGUCCCGAACAGGUCCUUCCCCCGGACCUAAGGUCACUAAACAACAUUGACUUCUCUAUCUGGCCUGUAAAGGCGCCAGAGCCAAUUCUUCCCCCAAUCGUCCAGCUCCCUGCGGCGAUGAUGGACGAGCUUCUCAAUGUAACAAUGGCAUCUCCUAGACCGUCGCUCGUCCACCACUUUCGUCUUCUUCGCGGCGUCAAUGGUAAAAUGAGUGCCGUGAUUUCAGCGGUUGACUACGAGAACGAAGAGGAGAGGAGAGACAGUCGGACGUUGGAUUUCAACAUUGAGAGUGCCGGACUUAUUCCUUUAUACGCCGUCUCGUUUGACCAAGGACCCCUCAGCGUCAUCUUGAAGACGGAGUCAGUCAUGGCAGAGUUGGCCUUCAGACACGUGGACGAGCUCUUGCGAUUUCAGCGAGCUCUGACGGGAUAUAAAGUCUAUCAAGACUAUACACAGCCAAGCGUAGUGCUAGAGCUAAUCAUGUCAGAUCGCAAAGAGCCUGGAGUCCACACCGCUCAUGUUCAAUUGUGGAUUGCAAAGGAACUGGAUGGCCGAGUUAGCACUGGACCAGGAUCUGACAGCGAGCUCGAUUCUAGUUCACGCCGAGCAUCGAUUGUCUCAACGCGAUGCUCUCCGACCAUCCCCUCUCCUGGCGGCGAAAGUAACUUCAAUGUUCGGUCGAUGCCUCCGAAUGCUGACCCGCUAAUCAACCGACUCAGCCACUUCAACAUAGGACACCGGCAGGCCUGGCACAACGGGGUUCCUUCAUGCAAUGGUGUAUCCCCAGGACGUGGUCUUCCGCGACCAUUCCCAAACCACGCCCCUCUCUCACCCCAGCGCGUCAAUAGAGCCGUUUCCAUGGCAUCAAUCCAGACCGCGACCUCGGCCUCGAUGACGAGGGAGUCACACUCGAUAUUCUCCACCCAGUCGAAAGACUCACGAUCCACCAGCACAAAGUCACGCAAGCUUGCCAGCCCAGACUUAGGCACAGGCCGCGGAUACGUCUAUCAGAAACCCAUGGAGCCAUUGUUGGUGUUGCUGCUGAAAUCGACGACCGACCCAACGGCCCAAGUCGGACUCGCAAACAGCACCAAGAACGCUCCGCAGCCCUUUAGCGUGGUCAUCAUCCAACUGGACGAAAACACGGCUCCCAACUACGAGCGCUGCAGCUGCCAAAACCACCCAAGCCACCCCUACCAAUGCGACGUAACGGCCCUGGAACGGGACAAGGGCAAACAAGACCUUUCCGCCCGUAUCAUUGAAGCGGACGAGCUCGAAGCCUGGGACCUCAUGCGCCUCCGUCCUUCAAAUCGCCAGGGUCAACUUUCGGCCGACGCUUCCGCCGCGGCGGCUUUCUUCGCCAAACAGCCCAAACCACUGCCGAAAUUACGACGAGUCACGCUGACAUUCCCGGACGUGCAGUCUCGGUACCGACUGAGUGGGCGGCCGUGCAGCUGUAACAAGACCAGAACCACGGCCGAACUGAAGGCCUGUUUGGAAGCAGGGCACCAGGGGUUGCUAGGUCGGGUACGACAGUACCAUAAGAAAGAACUGGACCGGUUCGAAGAGGCCCAGAGGAAGAAGCAGGACGUGGUAAUGGGGCCGAUGGCGAGUGUGUGA